AACAGCUGAGCAAGUUUCAUCACGCAAUACUUUUGACUCGGCUGUAUUUACCCCCACAGAAGGUGUUAGCCAGCUCCCCGCCCCUUCACCAGGCACGAGGGGCUUCCAGGCGUGCACAGGUAAAGAUGAGGAGGAGUUAUUAGCGGCAGUUGAGGUGAAAACAGGCCAGAAGGAGUGACAGCAGAUGUGGCGGUAGAGGGAACGGCAGCAGCAGCGGUGCGCGGUGGUGACGGUGGUGAGGGCAACACAGACCCUCAGCAUGGCGGGCAACACUCGUCAUGUCGUUAAUAUGGCGAAUUCCAUUGUUGGGGUGUCUAUUCUCUCCAUGCCUUAUUGCUUCAAAGAGUCUGGGCUGCUGCUGGGGGUCUUAAUGGUCCUCUUCAGCGGGUUUGUGACCAAGAAGACCUGCAUGUUCCUGGUGCGUGCUGCGACCAUGGCCCGGCACCAUAGCUAUGAGUUCUUAGCCUUCCACGUGUUUGGGGUGCGGGGGAAGCUGGCGGUGGAGCUGUGCAUGAUUCUCUUUCUCAUCGGAAUCUGCAUCUCCUUCCACGUGGUAAUGGGAGACCUCGCCCCCGCACUAGCCGCCCAGGUCUUCGAGCUUCACAACACACCAUCACUGAGGGCCACACUGCUGCUGGGCAUCGCGGCAUUGGUGGUGCUUCCACUGUGUCUCCUCCGCAAACUAGACAACCUUGCAUCGAUGUCCGCCUGCUCCAUCCUCUUCUACUUCUUCCUGAUCACUGUGAUUUUUUGGCACGCUUUUCCACGCCUGGUUGAUGGGUCAUGGUACCAUCUGGCAACACUGUGGAGGCCUUCAGGUGUGCUGCAGGUGUUUCCCAUAUGUAUGCUGGGGCUCUCCUGCCAGAGCAACGUAUUCGAAAUUUACGACUCAGUGCAAGAUCCUGACAUCCCUAAAAUGAGGUCGGUAGUCAACCACGCCCUCAACCUUUGCUGUGCCCUCUACAUCUCUGUCGGGUUCUUUGGCUACAUAGCGUUCGUCGACCAGGACAUGGCCGGCAACAUCAUCAUGAACCUUCCUGCGACGCCCCUGACGGAAGGAAUCAAGUUAUUUUUCACCGCGUCCUUGGCAAUCAGCUUUCCUCUAAUGAUAUUUCCGUGUCGCACAUCGAUUCACUCCCUCCUGUACAGCAGGGGCACACAGGGGCUGGUGGGGAGUUACAUGCCUGAGGCUCGCUUCAAGGGCAUCACGGUGGGCAUCCUUGCUGUCAGCCUGGUUGUCGGCAUCCUUAUUCCGAAUAUUGAGUUUGUGCUGGGAAUGCUUGGGUCCACUAUGGGUGUCAUCAUCUCCCUCGUGCUCCCCUGUGUUAUGUUCAUCAAAGUCAAUUCAAAGGCUUCCGUGGAGAGAUUAGUGGCCCAGGGCAUAAUGUUGAUGGGCGUCCUGCUGAUAGUGAGUGGCACAUACCUCAACCUGACCCACACCCAAACGCCCACUCCGAGGGGGGUGGAGGGAGGAGUGCCGCAGCCUGUCAUCGCCGUGCCCCCUGCUCUUCUGGGGGAGGACCUGCUGCUAGAGAAAGCAGAGGGCGGCGGCAUGGUAGCACGGCAGCACGAUCCAGCCCCUGCUGGUGUUGGGGAGGGCCAGGCACCAUCGCUGGAGGACCUGGCCAUCCGCAGGGAACCUGUGGCCCCCGAGCCGCCCCCAGAGGACGUGGCGGCGGUGGCCCCGGCCAAGGCCAAGGCCAAGGCUGGGGAGCGGGAGGCCAGGAAGGAGGCCCCAAGGGAGAGUGGUCCGGCGGGGGAUACGCUGCACCCCGAUGCCAUCCAGAAGGAGGAGAAGGAGACGCACCGGGAGGGCGGCGGUGCAGCAGCGGGGGCGGCAGCAGGGGCGCGGGUGGAGUACAAGCAGCAGGAGCUGCUCAAGAAGAUUGAGGUGCAGCACCAGGAGCAACAGAAGAUCCUGGCGGAGCAGAAGCAGAUCCUGCAGGAACUCAAGGACCAGAAGGCCCAGCAGGAGCUGCAGGAGAGCCUGCGUGCUGCUGCGGCGCCACAGCAGCCUGCCGUUCCUGCGCCACAGCUUCCCAACGCACCGGCACCACAGCUUCCCAACGCACCGGCACCACAGCUUCCCAAUGCAGCGGCACCACAGCAGCCUGGUGCCGUUGGUGCAGCACAGCUAGCCAAUGCCGCACUACCACAGCUUCCUAAUGGAGCUGCACCACAACUAGCCAAUGCUGCACCACAGCAGCUUGUUGCCGCCGCACCACAGCUGCCUGCUGUUGUUGUGCCACAGCAGCCUGUUGCUGCAGCACUACAGCAGCCUGUAGCAGCAGCACUACAGCAGCCUGUUGCAGCAGCACUACAGCAGCCUGUUGCAGCAGCACUACAACAAUCUGUUGCUGCAGCAGCAUCACAGCAGCCUGUAGCACCACAACAGCUUGUGAUAGCACAACAGCUCAUAGCAUCACAGCAGCCUGUAAUAGCACAACAGCCUGUAGCAGCACAGCAGCCUGUAGCACCAGCAGCACAGCAGCCUGUAAUUGCACAGCAGCCUGUAGCACCAGCAGCACAGCAGCCUGUAGCAGCACAGCAGCCUGUAGCUGCACAGCAGCCUGUAGUAGCACAGCAGCCUGCAGCAGCACAGCAGCCUGUAGCAGUACAGCAGCCUGUAGCAGCACAGCAGCCUGUAGCUCCACAGCAGCCUGUAGCAGCAGCAGCAGCACAGCAGCCUGUGGCAGCAGCAGCAGCACCACAGCAUCCUGUAGCAGGAGCAGCAGCACAGCAGCAGCAGCAGCAGCAGCAGGGUGGUGCUGCAUUGCCAGCAGAAGCACAGCAAGGGGCAGCUGCAGGUGAGGUGCCUGGUGGUGCAGCAAUGGGUGUGGUGGGUGCAGUGGGCGCUGUGUCUGCUACACCUGCCAAGGCUGUGGUGUCACCGGCUGCCGCCCCAAGCAAGUCCUCUUCAGCACUGCAGCACAAGGAGGCGGCACCACAGCUGCCGCACUACCCUGGGGCGGGCCGCGGUGAGGAGUCGGCCAAGCGCGGCCCGCAGGCCUACCUGGAGAAGGUGUCCAAGGCGGCACCAAUCAAGCCCCGCCGUGGCCACAAGGCACAGCACGACGAGGAGCGCCGCAAGAGGGCGGCGGGGCCUGGGCCGGCACUGCAGGUCGACCCGGCCCCCGCCCUGCCCCCCGUGGACCUCAAGAUGGCACCAGCGGCAGCAGCGGGGCUCAGCGAGGCGGCCUACGAGUCCAGGCACUUGCUGUGGGGCAACAGCCGCACCCGACGCCGCCGCCGCCGUGGUGGCCAGCGCGGCGGGGACGAGGAGUACUGGGACGAGACCUAGGCGCGUGUGCAUGUGUGUGUGUGUGUGUGCACAAGACACAUACGUGACUGGUGUGAGGUGUGCACGUGUGGUGGCAGGGUGGUGUGUGCCCCUGUGUGGUGCACGCUGGGCUGGCCACCACCACCACCACCACGUGUGUACAGCCGGUGAGCUGCCUCUCACUGCCACCUCACACUCACACACACUCCCACAGGCACCACUCAUGUGUGUCUUCCUCAACACUCAGUCAGUCAGUCAGUCAGUCAGUCAGUCAGUCAGUCAGUCAGUCAGUCAGUUAGUCAGUCAGUCAGUCAGUCAGUCAGUCAGUCAGCACUUAAGUACUACUACUACACACACACACACUCACUCACUCCUCACCCAGACACCACUUAGCAAUACUUAAGCAUCCUGGACCAAGAGUCACACUUAAACCACUACUUCACCACACACACACACACACACACACACACACACACACACACACACACACACACACACACACACACACACACACACACACACACAGCCACUGUGCUCAACAAGAACAACAACAACACAAACAGCAAACAACAAACAAAAAAGAACAAGUGCCAAAAAAAAAGAAAAAAGAAAAAUAUAAAGAAGAAAUCGUUAAAAAUUACAUUCGAUUCAAACUUCACAAAUUUUUUUCACAUGGUGAUAUAAACAAUUAUUUUCAUUUCCUUUAUGAAUGACGUAAAAUUCAGAGUUAGCAAGAGCAGUUUGUGUCUCUGUACUGUGUUGGGCAUCACUGUACACACCAACACUGAGCAGCAGCUGACCUGGUGGCCCUUAGGAGGCAGUUCGCGAUAAGCUACACUGCAUCAUUCAAGUAAAUAAAGGAAAAAAUAGAUAAAUAAACGAGAAUUAAUAUGUGUAUAUCUACGUAUAACUUUGUAGAAUUAAUACAUUUACGUAUAUUCUAUGCAUUCAGUCUGUGUAUGAAUAUGUAUGAGUAUAUUAGUGUAUAGACAAACCAGCAGUGUGUCUCUGUGUACUGCUGUGUGCUGUGUGUGUGUAUACUGUAUGGUAAGGCUACGUUUUAUAUAUAUAUAUGGGUGUAUGUGGGCUGUACGUUUAAUGUAUAAUGGGUCUAGGUUUACAGAGGGUGUGUAUGUUUGUAUGUAUGUGUGUUUGGCUUAGAAUUAGGGUUUUAUCGCCUUUUUUUAUGUAUAGCUUUUUUGUGUAUUUAUUUUUUUUGUUCUUUUGUGUGUGUGUGUGUGUGUGUGUGUGUGUGUGUGUGUGUGUGUGUGUGUGUGUGUGAAA